CCGCGCCGAUGUGAAGUCGCCCCCCAGCUCUCGCACACAGCCGCGCAGACACGCACACGCUCCCCGCGGCGAGGGGAGGGCGCCGGGGAUCGCAGCCCAGGUGCCAGCGCCUCCUCGCCCCGCCGGCCACUGCUGGGCGGCCGCGGCGCAGCAGCGCCGGUCCCUGAGGCACCGAGAGCCUGCUCUGGGACGGCGGGGUGGGGGAGAGCCGAGGAGUGGAGCUGCCGGAUCCUCGCCCUGCGGAGCCCCCAGGAUUACAAGGCAUUGCGUCCUCCUUCCCAGACGUGAACGAGGGUUAUACCAAAGAACCAACCUCCUUCGCGCCCUGCUGUCCAAAUUAAUCCCUUGGACCCUUGAGAAGACAGGGUUUUUUUCGGAACCAUGGCAUCGACAGAAGGUGCCAACAAUAUGCCUAAGCAAGUGGAAGUCCGGAUGCAUGAAAGUCAUUUAAAUCCAGUGGAGCACAGAUCCAGGAACAUAUGUGUGCAGUUCUGCCAGUCCCUCCACAGGAAUCUGCUCCUGACUCUUACUGUGUUUGGUGUUAUCCUGGGUGCAGUGUGUGGGGGUCUUCUUCGCCUAGCAACACCUAUUGACCCUGACAUCAUCAUGUUAAUAGCCUUCCCAGGAGAUAUACUUAUGCGGAUGCUAAAAAUGCUGAUCCUCCCUUUAAUUAUCUCCAGUUUAAUCACAGGAUUGUCUGGAUUGGAUGCUAAAGCAAGUGGCCGCCUGGGGACAAGAGCCAUGGUCUACUACAUGUCCACCACUAUUAUUGCUGCUGUGCUGGGCGUGAUUCUGGUUUUAGCCAUCCAUCCAGGGAAUCCAAAACUCAAGAAACAGCUUGGUCAAGGGAAGAAGAAUGAUGAAGUAUCUAGUCUGGAUGCCUUCUUGGAUUUGAUCCGAAACUUGUUCCCUGAAAAUCUGGUUCAAGCAUGCUUUCAGCAGAUCCAAACUGUCACCAAGAAAGUGCUGGUGCCACUACCUGUUGAAGAGCCACCUAAUGUCACUGAUUCUGCUAUUGCUAUGGUGAAUGAGACAGCACCACCUGAAGCCCAAAUGGUCAUUAAGAAGGGACUUGAAUUUAAGGAUGGCAUGAACGUCCUGGGUUUGAUAGGAUUCUUUAUUGCUUUUGGCAUUGCUAUGGGGAAAAUGGGAGACCAGGCCAAGAUGAUGGUGGAUUUCUUCAACAUCCUGAAUGAGAUUGUAAUGAAGUUAGUAACCAUGAUCAUGUGGUAUUCACCAUUGGGUAUUGCUUGCCUCAUCUGUGGAAAAAUCAUUGCAAUCAAGGACUUAGAAGUAGUUGCUAGACAACUUGGCAUGUAUAUGGUCACUGUGAUUGUGGGUCUUGUCAUCCAUGGAGGGAUCUUCCUGCCUCUGCUUUACUUUGUGAUAACAAGGAAAAGCCCAUUUUCGUUCCUUGCUGGGAUUUUCCAGGCAUGGAUCACAGCACUAGGCACAGCUUCCAGUGCUGGAACAUUACCUGUCACAUUCCGAUGUCUUGAAGAAAAUCUUGGUAUUGAUAAGCGUGUAACAAGGUUCGUUCUUCCUGUUGGAGCAACUAUUAACAUGGAUGGAACUGCCCUUUAUGAAGCUGUGGCUGCCAUCUUCAUAGCACAGAUGAAUGGAAUUGACCUGGAUGGAGGCCAGAUAGUUACUGUGAGUUUGACUGCCACCCUUGCAAGUGUUGGAGCUGCCAGCAUUCCCAGCGCGGGCCUUGUCACUAUGCUGCUGAUCCUGACUGCAGUGGGUCUCCCUACCCAGGACAUCAGUUUGCUUGUUGCUGUUGACUGGCUUUUGGACCGGAUGAGAACGUCAGUCAAUGUAGUGGGGGAUUCUUUUGGUGCUGGCAUUGUCUACCACCUUUCCAAGGCAGAACUUGACAUCAUUGAUUCCCAUCAUAAAGGGCAUGAAGAUAUUGAAAUGACCAAGACUCAGUCAAUCUAUGAUGACAUGAAAAAUCAUAGGGAAAACAACUCAAACCAAUGUGUUUUUGCAGCUCACAACUCAGUCAUGGUAGAUGAGUGCAAGGUAACACUGGCAACCAAUGGCAAAUCUGCAGACUUCAAUGUUGUUGAAGAAGAGUCUUGGAAACAGGAAAACUAAGUGAAGAGAUUCCUAGCUGCAUCCUUAAUAAGUCCUGAAGCUAUCUUGUGGCAGAAGAUACCAUGAUUAAGAAGAUAUCUCUUUUUUUUUUCUUUUUCUUUUUUUUUUUUUUUUUUUUCCCUAUUUAACAUCUACAGUUUCUGCUUAAUUUUGUAACUGAAACUUCGCAAAGAUCUCAUCAGGUCAUUGUAGUGUCUUUGCCAAGCAAUGAUCCAUAGCCAUCUGUCUCCCUUGUGUUACUGUUUGGAUGAUGCACCUGGAGAAUGCUCCAUGCAGUGCAAUGCGCUCUCACCCACUUCCCCUUUCAUUCAAGACACAGAGAAUGUAAAUGCUGCAAAAUGGGAAGAUCAAAGUGCCAGUACAGUUCACUACAGGGACUCAGGGUCAAAGAUACAAGAGAAACAUAACACCACGUAAGCCUUCAAGUGUUUUGGUGACUCUUGUGGCAUACCUGAUCCAUUUAUCACUGUAUGGCUAAAAUACCUUUUGAAAACAUCCGUAAAGAUUUCCAUUUGUUUUGAUAAUAACAAGCACUGUAUUUUUGUGCCUAGUUGUAUUUUAAACUGAGCUUAGAUCUGGGGGCAGGAUUAAUGCAUAGAAGUCAAUAAAUUGUCCCAGACAUUUUGUUAGAUCAGUACAACUAAAACUUAGCAUCAAGAGAAGACCUUCAAUUUGUAUUUGCAUGUGGUGUGUUUUUAUCAGAUGUCCCAGGGCAGGUGCAGUCUUUAUGCUGGGGCUGUGCUGCUUUGUGACCACAAUGCAUCAUACAAUACAAGGCAGUAUAAUUACGGGGGUAGUAGUUCCUUCACUAAAAUCUAUGGCUGACGUGCAAAAUACAGAAAACCAUGGACUCAGUUGUGCCAUUUUUAAUCAAAGUAGGUGGUACCUUGCUAUUCACCCUACUCCACUGAUGUCAGAGGGGUUUCUCCCAUGGUUGAGAUACUCAAGUAAGGUACUACUAAGAUUGAUUAUGGAUGCCAUGAUUGGGUACUUGAUAAUGACCUGCAGACAAGUUCUGAAUCCACUACUCUUACAGAAUUUUUGAAUGUGAUCAUCAGUAGCAUUUGCUAUGAAGUGAAAGCCAUCUUUCAAGUAUGUCAUGUUUCAAAGAGUGGCUAAAUCCUGAAUUCAUUGCUAAACCAAAUUCCAUAUGAAGUUAAGAGAAUUUGUCCAGGGUUAGGACUGAAUGAAAAUGAAACCAGAAUUUCAGGAUUUAGGCCAGUAUGUUGAAUUACAUCUCUGUCUCUUUUGCAGAGUAAUAAGUAUAUAACUCUCUCAUGUCAGAGAAAUGUUUCUUUGAGGACGUGGCAUCUGAGUUAAUGAGACAGUGUUUGAUCAACAUACUAUAUCUGACUCAACCUGUCAGAAGAAAUUGCCGUGAGAAUAAACACCUUGUGAAAUUUUUUUAACGGUGCUUGUUAAUACUUAGCAAUUUUAAGAUACUGGUAAAUACCAUUAUACUGUUAGCAAUGUUCCAUAGCAAAGCUGAGCCACAUGGUCUUGGAAGGUUCUUCUCACAGAACAAGCUUUGUGCAAUUUUGGGGGGAGCUCUCAGAAGUUUUCAGAAUGAAUCAUAAUGUGAGCAUAUGGUGAACUUAAAAGUGGCAAGAAACAGAGUUCAAACAUUUAUGGAAAUAGGCCAUUCAGUGUCUAUGCUCAGAGCUGUCAUGGGUUUAAAGGGGAAUAAUGUGUUUUACUGUAGAGUGUUAUUUGGCUCUGUAGAAGCUAUUAAAGUAAAAAUAUAAUUGCUUUUGUUCAUCUGCAUUCAUAUAAAUAUAUCUGAAACUGCACACUGCCAGCCAAGGCUACUUGCAUGAUUAAUGAUGUGCAAGAUCAAGUCCAUUGUCAGAGUAUGCCUCAUUUAAGCAUUUAUUGUGGAAUAUUUUUCUUACCACUGUAUUCUUGUCAUCACUUGAAUGCCAUGGCCAAGCAAAUCCUAAGCAAAAUGGCAUAUUGAACCACUGUGAAUUCUGUAGGCCUCUAACAUGUAUUAGAGGGGAAGGCCUUUCCCUGACGGAUCUUGAGGAUUUAAUUUUUUUUUGGGGGGGGUUUUUUGGGUUUUUUUUUUGUGAAGGAUGGAAUUGUAGAUUAUUCAGAGAAGUGGCAGGCAGUUUGUAUUCUCUUUUCUUCAGGCAUUGCUAUUGGCAUGUCCAGAGUUAACCUCUGUCUAGCUAUUGCUUCCCAAGUAGCAUUCACUGAGUUAUGGGCCAGAAAUGUACCUGGGAUGGUGUGUAGGUACUGUAAAAGUUCCUUACUCUGAGGGUGCUGGCUUUCAUCAAGUGAAAUUUGCUGUCACUCGAGUGGUAAUGUCCAAGAAUGAACACACAGCAUUUACCCUGAUUUAUAUCCAGCAUUCUUGAGCUGUUUCAUGGCACAGCUCACCCAUUAAUAGAUGAUUUUUUGUCCUCUUCACCACAGCAGUUUCUUAGGAGCAGCCACACUGAUUACUUGCAUUGAAAGUAGCUUUAGAAAAUUGGUCCAUAUACUUUUAGCUGUCAUUUGAAACUGUUUAGCAGUUGGAAACAAACAGGAAUGUCAGCAACAUGUGACUAGGCAGCUCCACAAAAUUACAUAUUGAGAAACACUUAGAAUAUGCUUACAGUUAUCCACUUGGGAUGUAAUGCCCUUUGAAGAGUGCUUCGUUGGAUGGAGACUAGGGAAGGAAGGAAUGCAGUGCUAGAGAAACCCCACCCACAAUUGGGAGGAUAAAUUUGGAUCUUUUGAUAGGAUUAGAAUAGCAGACUGUGAUUUUAAAGUGGUAAUUCUGUAGAUACAGUAACUCAGGGAUUUUUCACAAUAUAAUUAUGACAGUAUUUCUCUAUUUAAAUGUGGAUGUGGGAGAAGGAGAAAUGUUGGGUUUCAUAUAUUCCUCUGCUUGUAGCCUGACUGAAUAUUUAAUGUAGUGUUACUCCAGUGCAGCACUAUAUUAAAUCAUCAAAAAGCUUUCCAUUUAUGUGGGAAAAUGUAACUCACUCUUGGCUUUCAUUUCUCGAUGUGCUCAUUCCACGAGGUUGGGUUGCUACUUAACUAAAUAAACAGAAAAUAACCCAGGGACCAUCCACUUCAGCUAAUCCAAGGUUCACAUUUCAGCAGGCACUGCUGGUUACUGGCCAGCCUCCUUUUACUUUCACUAGGCGUCUCAAUGCAUUAAUUUGCAUCUGGCAAAUUUUUUCUAUCUGCUUACAGUGCUGGAGUGGCAAAGUUAAAGAAAAAGCUCAGUGAAAAGUCAUUUGGUUUCUGUGUAGUUCAUAUUGACAUUGUUUUCUGCAUUUGCUGCUCUUGUCAGUUCCCCCCACCUUUGUCUGUGCAACUGUGAUAUCCUUUGGCCUUUGGAUUGCUGGCAGCACAUUGGCACAUGGAAGAGUUUAGACCAGGCAAAGACUCAGUUCAUUGCAUGCUAAGUGACAUAUAUGCUUACACAUUCGCUUCAUGCAUUUGCUGCUGAUGCUGGGUCAGUAUUCUCAUAGUAUCUGUUCAUUGAAAGUAAAGCAUGCUGUAAGUUAGAACUGCAGGAGAGGUGGAGCACUUUGCCACUUGACUUCCUUUUUAUUGCUUCCCUUGGAAAACAAUGUCUGCACCAGCCUUUUAAGAAAUGUGUGUGGGUCUUAUACACAAAGAUUCUUCAAACAGGUAGGGCAAAAGCCACUUGGUCCCUAUUACAAGAUGUGCUCUUUCCAUUUAAAUUGGUGAGAAACUCAUUAUGUCUUUGAAAAACUGUUUGCAGUAUUAAAAGCUGUACCUGCGAUGCUUUGACUACGUGAAAGCCCCACUGAAAUCUGUGGGAGUCACAAUGUUCCAGGAAAAAUCAAGUCCCUUCGUGUCUUUGUUAAGUUAUAAGACAUUUCACAAUCCCAUCCUAGGGAAUAGUCUUUGUCUGCUAUUUACAAUGAAGUUGAUUCUCACAUCCAAAAGCUUUCUGCCAAGAUACUUCUUUUAUACCUAAUCAUUUCAGUGCUACAAGUCCAGCACUGAAUUUAAACUCAACACAAAAAUAAGGAUCAUUCUCAUUACAGAUUUUUCCCAUGUUUUUUUCUGAGAUAUAGUUGAUCUCCAUUUCUUUCUCAAAGCACAUGGAAUUCCAGACUUUAUGCCACUUUUUAAAGUAGGAGUAAUAUCAAUUUCUAAUGUGUUUUCCAUCACUCCCAGGGUCACUAGUUUUCCAGCAGUAGACACACAGAAGAGCAGACUGUUCAUCUGAGAAGUUGAGGCAUCAGCAUGUAAACAAAUUUAUUCUGGUGACUUGCCUGGAUUUUCUUUGCUUUCUUGCCUUCACUUGUGUUAUUGCAGCCUUGUUGUAGCAACACAGGAGCAGUCGCACAAAUCCCCAUAACUAUAGGCAAUAUUAAACCUCCCCUCUAACAUUCACUUCUCUUUUUAUCUUUCAAAAGGCUCUGAACUUUAGUACCAAGCUCAGAAGAAUCCUUUUGUGGAGACAUAAAGGUAUAACUGUUUCUCAUCUUUCUAAUUUCCAUUCAGCUCUUUUUAUUGCUGCAUUUGAAUUAAUUUACAGAAGGAUAAAUAAGAGCACUUUAUAAAAAUGUACUGUAAUAUUAUUCUCUUAUGAGCCUGAAGACUAUCUUGAUUUUAUUACUGUGACUUUUAAGGCCGCAAUUAAGAUAUUUUUCAUAUUAGUCAUUAUUAUAGGUGUUAUAGUCCAUUGGGACAGUUCACGUCAGCUAUAAUUCACCAUAUAAGAUUAUGUAGAAGCUCCUGUUCCCAGCAGAAAGCAUUCUUGGAAAGAUGACUUAUUUUCUUCUCUCCAAUAAUAUUGGUGACUUUGAAAGGAAAAGAUUUACCCAGUUUCCUUUGUCUAAAGAAUGGUAUAGAGAGUGUAGUUUCAAGCAGUAAAAAUAACAAAGAAAGGAUUUACAGUAGUGAAGUGUCAAAGAAGGCAGUCAGGCUGUAAAUUAAUUGUUCAGCUUUGCCACACUGUUUUUGAAAAUGUUGUAUUCUUGCUCAUGAUUUUCCUGAAACAAUGUAUUUGGUGCAUUUUCCUUCCAAAGUCAUCAGUCUUUCUUCCCCCAUGGGCACCAAGGCUGUGUCUCCCCCCAGACGACGCACAGACCUGAGGCAGGACUCCUGGAGAAGCCCCCAGCAGCAGUGCCUGCUACAGGCUCUACAGUAGGUGCCUCCCUCAGUUCUUCCUCCUGGUCAUACUUUAUGUUCAGUGGAAAUCUGCUGCUAUGAAUGAGUCAAACCGCUGCUGAAGUCCAGGUCCUGGUAAUUAUUUUACUUCUCUUUUGAGUGGCCUCCCUGGCACAAGGUUCCGAGGAAUUGUCCCUCACAGGUGCCCACCAUCCCAGAGACAUCUUCUCCUGUUUAGGGGAAACCCAGUGACUUCCCACUAACAGUUGAUAUAAAUGUAAGAGAUAAAGUGGUUAUGCAGUUGCAACUAUGAGUCUUACAAAAAAGCCAGGUUACAAACAUUGGAAAAGCCUAGAGCACAUGACUGAGCCACUGAGUAGGUCUCUACUAGUCCAGGAUGGAAAUAACCAAGAGCAACCAAGCAAGAUUUGGGGAGACAGGAAGACUUGUGAGGUUUCUCACUUAACCCAACCUUUGAUCUCCUUUCAUUUCUAACUCCAUCCUGCUGCAGAGCCAAUGUUGAUCAAUGCUAGAGCAUCCAGUCCUUCUAGUCUUCUACUCAACAUUCAGGAGUCCUGCCACUGUUUUUAAUGAUGCUCUGUGGCACACACCAUUGCACAAAGGGAAGCUGUCAGACAGCAUCACACAACCUGGAUUGUCUUGUACCUGAAUAUUGCUUUGUACAUAAAUAGUGUAGUCUGCUGGAAUUUUUGUGUCAUUCUUUUCCAUUCAUUUUUUCUAUAGUUUUUCAAAGACUGUAAGUAAAUUGUGCUUUCAUGUUGAUUUUGCAGUCAGUAUUGUAGAUUAUAACAUUUCCAUGUUGGCGUUUUUCAUGGACUUGUGAGUUCUUGUGUAUUACAGGUUGUCCUUCCUACUUAAAGACAACUGCAUACACUUCCAUCCAAUAUAUCCUGCUCCUUUCUUAAAUAUAUCUUAUUUCCUAUGAUCUGGUAUGAACUCUUGCUUGUAGAAUGCAUCAGAAAAAGCUGAAUAUGUAUUUAUAGUGUUAAAUAUUGUGUGCUCAACACUGAUUUAGUUAAGAAUAGCACAGGUUUUAGGGGUUUGUACUUGUUCUCUAGAAACUACAGUGUAGACUGAAUUAAAUUACCUAGUAUCUGUAAUUUACAGACACACAAGUAUUUUCUUAGAAUGUUUUCUAGGGGAUCAUACUAGGUAGGGGAAUAAUCCUUUAAAGGUGAUAUAUACCUUAGAACAAAAUCAGUUUUCUUAUGACAUUUAGGACCAAUGAAAUAUUUUUGUGUUAUGUUUGGUGAUGAAUUAUGGACAAAGCACAAAAUGCAAGAAGCAAAUAGGAAUUUCAAGAUGUCCUUAAAUGCUGCAGUUCAUCAUGGAACAAUACUAUAAUAAUCUGAGCAAUCUUCUAGAUUGACUGUCUUGGGCAAUUGUCCCUCACUUUUAUAAUUUUUCCUGAUAUUACCUUUGCCAAAUCCUGCAGUUCUUCCUUAGGACCUGUUAAUGUAUAACUGACUGUCUCAGAAUGCAGUUUAUAGAAAAUAGACCUGGGUAGGCAAAAAAAAAAAAAAAGUUGUCAGACCCCAUCCAUCUUGCUAUAAUACAGUGUGUGUGAGUUCAGCCUGUGGAAAAAGUUCAGGAUUUUGCCACCUAAUUUUGCCUUCUUGAAAAAGGACCAACAGAACCACCAUGAGACCAAUGUAAGUGGGUAGCAUCCAUACAAAUACCUCCUGUUUUCUUAAGUAUUUUUAAGAGAAUAACCACUAUAUUUUUCAACCCAAAUGACAGUUACUUCUCAUUUUGGUAAUUUCUUCCCAUUAGGCAAAUACCUGUUGGCAUUAAGGUUGUGGCUAUAAUAAUUUCAACUUAAUUAAUAAACAAAUAUUUCUAGAGGAAUAAAAAUAAAAUAAUAUAAAUAUUCAUAACAAUUACAUAACAAACAAAAAAUCCUCUAUGGCCUACUAGCUCUUUGACUGUACUUCAAAACAAAAGAAAACAUUGAAUAGGAAGGACUGCUGUCCCAGUGUGACUGAUACUGGGUAUCUCUUCAGCUAUUCAGAAAUCUGUGGGGCCAUGUUAUUCUGCUGAGGUUUUGGACCCUAAGUUUCUAGUAGAUAUAUAUGUAGGAAGUGUGUUGAUAUACCCUUGUAUUUUGAUCUAUAUUGUAUUUUAAAUCAGAUGUAACAGGUAUUAACUUAAUAGGAAUUGCAGGUAGAAAAGUGCUGAGUUACUAAUAGCUGUAAAACCUUAUUGAUACCAGUUUUGACAUUUUGUUGAAGCAUGAUGUCCAGUGCCUCUCUGCACUUAGUGUAGAUAAUGUAGCUAUCAACACGUAAUUUCAGUGAAAUGGUGUAUAGAGUAUGUGUAACUGUGCUUUAAAUUAAUUUAAUUGGUUUCUGUGUGUUGAGCUAUAGCAGAAAAUUAGACUCUGUUUUAAAAUGUUGUUCGACUUUCUCUUUUUCAUUUGUAUCUGGGUUUGUUUCUUUUUGACCGUUCAACUGAUUAGAUUCCACAGCUUAGUAACUACUUUAUCUGUCUCUUAUGGAGUACUCAGUUUUAAUAACAUUCAGAAUCAUGACUGCAGCCAGAUCAUUGUAAAUAUGUUAAUUUUGGUUUUCAAUAUCUAACCAGUAUGGUGUGUGUUAGAAGCUGCAUGUGUGUAGUUCCCUGGCAGUGAGUGAAAGUGAUCCUAGCAUAGAUUUGCUGCCUGGUGAAUAUACUUGUUAUGACAUAAAGAAUUAAUGUUCACCUGGAAUUAUAAGUUUCUGUUUUAUUUUCUUCUUGUUUGCUUCAAAUGUUUGGACUCUUUAUGAUCAGAAUCUUAGUAAGUCACCAUUUAAAUUGGUACAGUGAAUGAGGGGAAGUCCAUCUAACUGCAUUCCUGUUGGAUGCCUGAGCUGCUUUUGUCUCUGUGCAUCAUUCAGCCCUUAGUCACUCACGGCAUCACAGGAUCCCUCUGAGUCACUUCCAGUUACUCCUUGACCACAGAUGCCAGGAAAGCAGGGCAGUGCCUGUUGUGACUGGGCAAGCCUGCAGGCAGCAAGGGGCUGCCAGUUCUCUCCAGAGUGCCUGAGCAGUCCAAGUAGGAACCUCUGCUUCAUCCCCCUAGCAGGAACAGUCUCUGAGAAAGAUGAAUACUCAUGGGCAAAGGGGCACUGUUUCUUUCAUUGUUAAAAAGGGAUAUUAGCAUUUAUUGGAAAAUAAAUGCCAAACUCACUGCUUCUAAAGCUACUGUAGUUGUUGUACAGGCUGUUAUUUACAAAAGUAUGUCUAGUCAUAAAAAAGACAGAUCAACUAUAUAGUCAGUGGCAAAAAUCUUCUGAAAUCAGAGCUACAGUUCCGAUCUAUGAGAAAAUAGAACCUUGCAGCAACAGGAAGAUGAUUCAUUCCUAGAUACUCUGGACCUGGAUCUUAUAAAUAUAAUCAUCCCCUCUAGGCAGAAAGAAAUAAAAAUUAGGCCCCAAAGCACAGAAACUAUCCUGCUUGGUUAGUCCCAUUAUAAUGCUUCAGGAUGAAUUGCACACUGGAGUACUCUGUGCUGCCUGCUCAUCAUCCCUUGCCCCUUCUUUAAGGUGACCAGGCAUGAACUGGAAUGUUUUGAGAUGUUCUAUUGUAAAAAGGAUUAAAAAGAAGAGGGAUAAAGUUGGUCUUUACACUCAGAAAGUUCCUGAGAUUUUGAAAUUACAUACUGUACAGUAUCUAUAGCACAGUUUGUUUAGAAAUUAAUAAAUGCAGAUGGUAAAAUUUCUCACAAUCCUGGGCUCUGUUCUUGUAUAUUGUAGCUGGAAUGCCCUGUAGACUGAUUCUAUUUUUGUAGUUCAGAUCCUUUCCUCCUUACAAGGAUUGUUACUCAUUUGCUUUCUUACAGAGUGAACUGAUUUCUGUAACUUCCAUGUAUAAAACAAACUAGAUAUUCUUUCUAUACUGGAAAUAGUCAUGAAUAUAAUAUUUCACUAAGUGUUGUACCUCUUAUGUACAUAUCAUUAAUAAAUGUUGAUUCAUAAUUUUCA